AUGCUGAGACUUCAAAUGUUUUAUUCAUCAUAUUGUGGAGAUUUCAAGUUUAAUGUUAAAUAUGCAAAGAAUUGUGGUGAUUCAGAACCAGUGAUAAAGCUGAUCAAUUCCUCGCUUACAAUAAAUGAGAAAUGUGAAAUAACAUCGCAAUCAUGUUCGGAGAUAAAGUCCUACAAAACUGCAACUAAAAGAUUGAAGCAAACGGAUAUGAUGAAGCUUGGGUUUGGAUUUUUUGGUAUUCCUUUGACUUGUUCUCAUAAGGCGACCCCAAUUUUCUGCUACAACGGCGGAACGGUCAUAAAUUUUACAGAAUCAAAGUUAAGAAUGUUAUACACGUCUCAAGUUUUUGGAAAAGUGGCGGUGUUCCAAGUAAUCCUAACACAUGAUACUGGCAAGUCUUGCUUUCAAGCAGAGAUUGAGUUGAAUAGAAAUGGAGAGGAUUAA